AUGGCGUUGAAAGUUUUCCUCCGCGAAAACGAGACUUUUGAUGAGUUUUACAAUCGUUGCAACAACUUGACUGUUUUCGAUUGUAGUGAGGAGGAGAUGCUCUGGUGGAUGAUGGGGUCUCGGAGACUCCCAUUGACUGAGAUAGUCCCAAUUAGUAUAGUUCUUGUGGUGAUUUUCCUCACUGGUGUAGUAGGAAAUGUGUGUGUUUGCGUGGUGAUAGUUAGGCAUCCAGGCCUGCAUACAGCCACUAACUAUUACCUGUUCAGUUUGGCUGUAAGCGAUUUGCUUUUGCUUCUUUUUGGCCUACCAAACGACUUGUCAGUAUAUUGGCACCAGUACCCUUAUAGCUUAGGGGUGGUGUUCUGCAAACUACGAGCCUUGAUAUCUGAGGCAGCAACAUAUGUAUCGGUGCUGACGAUAUCAGCGUUUUCCCUGGAGCGGUACCUGGCCAUCUGUCACCCACUGCACCUGUACGCAAUGGCGGGGCUCACGAGGGCCUCGCGCAUCAUCCUCGUGCUGUGGCUCAUCUCCAUCCUGUGCGCCUCGCCCUUGGCCCUCUACACUGACAUCUCCUACAGAGACUACCCGCCCAAUUCCGGUAAGCCAUCGCUGGAGUCAGCGUUUUGCGCGCUGAUGGCUCCGUCGCCACUCCUGGAGCUGAGCAGCAUCUUCUUCUUCUUCGUGCCUGCCGUGCUCAUCCUCUGCCUCUACGUGCGCAUGGGGCUGCAUAUCAGGUCCACCCGAGUAAUGGAGAAGACAAAAAGCCUACUCAAUGGCCACGUUCACGGCGAGACCCGGCAGGCCAAAUCCAGGAAAGCCAUCAUACGUAUGCUUGCGGCAGUAGUGAUAGCAUUCUUCGUGUGCUGGGCGCCAUUCCACGUGCAGCGAGUGUUCUACAUCUACGGGUAUGCGCUGCCGCAGUUUCACGUGAUCAACGAGCACCUAUUCAACGUCGCAGGCGCAUUGUACUACGUCUCCGCUACCGUCAAUCCUAUACUGUACAACGUUAUGAGUGGCAGAUACCGGAUAGCAUUCCAAGAAACGUUGCUGUGUCGCCGGAUGCAGCGCCGCGACUCCCGCGCAACCGCAUUCGAUCUCACCUCCUGUCGGGACACACCUUUACCCACCUUCAACGCCCGCUCCUCGAGACAGAAGCGAGAGUCCAAAAUCGCUUUCAUCAGCAAGGUUGAUUACAUCAAAGAGGAUCCUUCUCCAUUCUGUGAUGAAGAAGAAUCCAAAAUUAACGGAGAAAUUAUUUACUUCUACAACGACGUGAAGAAAGUACAGUUGGAGAAUGGUAACAUGAAUUAAAUUGGGUAUUAAAUUGACGUAUUUUAGUAUCUACUUAGGUGAAGAUAUAAAUUAGGGUAGUAUUAUAGAAUACUAAAGUGAACCUAGAUUACUAUUUUAUGGGAUACACAGACA